AUGAUUGAAAUCAAGUCUGAAAUUGUUUCCAGGCAAACCAUCAAACCCUCCACCCCAACUCCUCCCCACCUGAAAACCUUCAAGCUUUCUCUUCUUGAUCAAAUCUCCCCUGAUAUCCAUGGCAACAUGACCUUCUUCUACCCUUCAGAUAGCACCACUCAUUCUAUCUCUAACCACCAUUACUUCUUUGAAAAAUCCAAGCUCCUCCAAGACUCCAUUUCCAAAACACUCUCCCUCUUUUACCCACUCGGUGGUCGUCUCCUGGACGCUGCCACCGUUGAUUGUAACGACGAAGGUGCUUUCUUUGUGGAAGCCAAAGUCAACAUUCCAUUAUCCCAUUUCCUUAAUCAACCUGACUUUAUUCUCAUGGACCAUUUCUUACCCACCACUGAUCCUACAACCAUGGAAUUGUCCAAUGGUGCCAUGUUUCUCGUUCGGUUCACUAGCUUCACUUGUGGUGGUGUGGCUAUCAGUCUCUCCCUCACUCACAAAGUCGCCGAUGUAUCUGCACUACUCACUCUUCUUCAGUGCUGGUCAUCUGUUUCUCGCGGAUUGAGUGACCCCAUCACCCCUGAUCUUAUCGGAGAAAAAUUUUUGGCACCCAGAGAUGAACUCUCUGCCAUGUCUGUAUCUGUUGACGUUGCUGUUGAAAAGUUUGAGCAGAGGAGAUUUGUAUUUAGCGCCUCAAAGAUUGCAGAAUUGAAGGCUAAAGUCGAUAAGGAAUUUCAAAAGGCGUUGCAAAGCCAUCCCUCUCGGGUGGAGGUGGUUUUGGCACUGUUAUGGAAAUGUGCGGUGGCUACUAAGAAGAAAAAAACUGGAUCAUUCGGGCCGACAGCAUUGUUUCAAGCAAUCAACUUGCGUAAAAGGUUGUCUCCGUUACCGGAAACUGCAGUUGGGAACUUCAUAUGGCCAUUUAUGGUGCUUGCAUAUGAAGAGAAAGAUUUAGAGCUACAUGAGUUAGUGAUUCAAAUGAGAAAAUCCUUGAACGAAUUCAAUAACACCAAGGCAAACAUGUUCACAGGCGAAGGUGCUCCAUUGGCGAUCAUGGGAGCCAUAAAAGAGAGAGGAGAGUUCUUCAGAAACAACAAAGAAAUGACCGUUUACAAGUGUUCAAGUUGGUGCAAAUUUCCUUUAUAUGACACUGAUUUUGGUUGGGGGCAGCCGAUAUGGCAUGUCAGUGUAAACAAAUUGGUGAGUAACACGAUUGCAUUAGCUGACACACGAUCCAGAGAUGGGAUUGAAGCUCACUUGACUUUGGAUGAAGAAGAAAUGGCCUUGUUUAAACAAAAUGAAGAACUCCUGAAAUAUGCUACUCUUAACCCCAGUAUUUAUGCUUAA